AUGCAGGACAAACUCUUGUACCUCACUUGGCUUCCGCCUUUCACGCGCUCUGAAAAGAUUGCCGAUUACGAGGUCGAGUGUAGACCUGUUCGAUGGGAGGAAAAGCAAAUCCGCAGCCUGGACGGCGUCAAGUUAGCUGUUUGCGAGGGUCGCAUCAUAAAUCCUCGCGAUGGGUCACACGCCACACGAAAAACACACGAUCGACCACUUCCCAAGUCUGCACGAAAGCGAUCUGUGGUGAUAUGCUAUUUCCAGGGGAAUGGUGGUUCGAUGCCCAUGCGACUGCCGCUCCUUUCUCAGGUUCUACGCACAAUUAUAGAAAUGUCAGAAACAACUCUGGCAUCAAACGAGGCGCGGCAUAUGGAAACCGAAUAUACCAUCGUUGCUCUAUCCUAUCGCGGCUACUGGACAUCUUCGGGCCGCGCUACCCAGUCUGGAAUUGAGAAGGACGCCCAGGCUUUUUUAAACUGGGUAUCAGAGACCUAUAAAUCACCGGGAACUGAUCUUGAGAUUGUUCUUUGGGGCCACAGCCUGGGCUCUGCCGUUGCAACUGCAGCAACUGCAGCGUAUCUUCCUCGUCGAGAUUCGGAGCAGACAUUGGCCGAUGGAAGCCAUAAUAUCUCAAUGGCACCCCUUGUUGGGCUGAUCUUGGAGGCGCCCACGUCCAGCAUCAAAGACAUGUUGAUCAGCCUGUAUCCCCAAAAAUGGCUGCCGUAUCGGUAUCUAUGGCCUCUUUCCUGGAAUACUUGGGAUAUCACCAGGUCCAUGAGCCAAAUGGCUCGCUGGAGAGAAGAAUCCAGCAGCGAAGCCGCAAGCCCUGCCUCUCGCUUGCCCCCCAUUCUUCUCCUCUCUGCCGAGAAAGAUGAAAUUAUUCCCUCUUACGUCCCUGGCCAAUUGGAGAGAUGUGCGAGGUCACUCAAUUUAGACCUUCAGAUCAAGGAGGUGGCAGGGGCAAUGCAUACAGAGGCGCCUCUCAAGCUCGAUGGCAGAAAAGCCAUGGUGCAAUUCAUCCUGAACAAUACCUCCCGAUAG